AUGAAUGCAAACAUUUUUGCCGUCCUUUAUCCGAUCUUUUUCACAUUAGCUUUUGCUAAUACCGAGAAAAGAUCUUUUUUCCAACCACACCCAAAACACGAAUCAAAUUCUAAUAGUUCUUCUCAAACUAAUGCCUCUUCAACUUCUGUAAACGAUAAAACUUAUAUACCUGAAUCCGAAAAUGUCGAUACUUCGAUGAAAAAUAUCACCGCCAAUUAUCACAAUAAGUUGCAAUCAUCUGAAAGUGAAAUCGAAGAAACUGAAUAUAAUGAUGAAUGCUAUCAGCCCUGUUGUCGACGUUGUUUAACACUUCGUUGGGGACCUCAACUUGUGCGUAGGUGCCUGUUUCAGUGUGCUGAAAAAUGUGGUAUUGAUGACGGAAGAAGUGAAAAAGAAUUGCGUAAUAUUUGUCUAAUUUGA